AGCUCAAGUUGCGCAGCUGCGAGCCUCAACUGGAGUGCCCAGCUGAGCUCACCGGGCGGAUCGUCCGCUCGUGCCCAGCUCGCAAUGGUCCAUGAGACUUUGAUUCAGCAUGGCUUUGAGCUCGCGCAUUCGCCCAUGGUCACGGAUGCAGUGUCCUUCAUCAGCGCUGGUUCGGCGAUGCGUGCCUUGCGGGAGACAGGUCACUCCAUCACGCCGCUGGGAGAUGCGUCCAUGGACGAGGCACUGGCUUGGUGAUCACUUCCACUUCACAGACCCGACAGACCGAGGCGCGGUUUCCACCCCGGACGCCCCGGGCGCCGUGGCACCCAACGAAGCGCCGCACGUGAAGGCCGCUCUAGACACGGAGGCCACACCUUCCGCUGAUGCCGGGGCAGGACGUAUGGUGGAAUUCUUUGCGCAGAGCUGUCCUCAUUGUCGACAUCUGGAUCCCAUUUGGAACGAUGCCCGGCAUCGCUGGGCUUCGACGCGUCCAGAGGAGACGGUGAGCUGGCAGCAGAAAGAGUGUUAUGGCGCCAACUGGGCUGAGGGCAAGGACCACGAUGAGUGCAUGAAGGAAGGCAUCCACAGCUUUCCCACCGUCCGAUUUUAUAGCCAGUCUGGAGAUUCUGUGGUGGAUUUCACCGAUGAGCGCACACCGGACAAGCUCAUCGGGUUCGCCGCCCAGCAGGCGGCGCAGCCUCAUGCGGCCGGCGCGCGCGGCGCGCGCAUCGCGCCGCUGGAGGAGACGCGGCGCCAUCCGGGUGAAGACGCCGCGGCGGCCUUGGCCGAGGCAACGCCUCUGAAGGUGGUGGAAUAUGUGGCCAAAAGUUGCCCGCACUGCAAGUCCAUGGAGCCAAUCUGGAAUGAGUUAAAGGCUGCCACCCAGCAGAAGGAUAUCAUUUGGGAGCAGAAGGAGUGCUUUGGCGAAGGCUGGACUCCGGGGAAAGAUCUGGAGGAGUGCAAGAGGAGCGACAUUCAAGGUUUUCCCACCUUGAAGCUCUUCUCGAGCCCCACAGCAGCUGGCGAAGAGUUCCAGGGUGCUAGGUCUGCCUCCAGCAUCCUCAAGUGGGUCGAGCAGCAUGCACCGCAGCCCACCGGAGUGGUCGCCGACCGGGCAUUGCAGGCAGUUCAGGCCUGCGUCGGUCCGCAGCUCUGGAUGGCUUCUUCCCUAUGCGGACCAGUGCUGCCACCACAGAGCAAGGCCAGCUUCCUCUAAGCCAGCGGCUGGCUCGGUGGUGUGCGAACAGCAGCCCGAGCAUGGGGGAACGGCGGCGGGGAGCCGAGCGGGAAUCCUCCGCCAGGCUCUGACAGCCGGACUUGUCAAUGUCGGCGCAGCGAGCGAAGCCGGAAGAUGGAAGAUGAGAUAGAAG